UUAGAAAAACGACUUUACAUCUCUGGUCUCAAUGGCUUAUUUAUUUAUGUUGUAAAAUUAAGAGUACCCACCUCCCAGGUUGGAAGCAGAGAUGAAAAGGUGUCAUUGCUCAAUCCCCUAGCACAUAGGGUGAAGGUUCAUAACUAACUUUAGAACCAAGGAGGCAAGGCGUGAAGAGGGCCCACUCAACAUCCCGAUCACGCAACUUCCUCCUACUUUCAUGGCCACGUCCUUAUUUGAGGUUCAGUAAGAUUACUGCUCAUUUCUUUUUGUUUGUUUCUGGCUUCUUGAGCUUGCCCUGUUUGGUCAAGAUAAAUGACAGUUUUCGGAGUCAUCCUCAUUCUCACGAGCUUCUCAGAUGCCUUGUUUGAGACAUCAUGUCUACACAAGUUACAGUUGUUUCCCAACGGCAGGAACUGUUCCGUGCUUAACCAACUAUAUGCCAAGCAUCAGCACAGUGCCUGGCAUUCAGGAUGUAACCAGGGGAUGUGUGUUGUGAACAGAUUUGUCUAAGUCUUGUUGCUCCUCAAAGUGAGUCUGAAGGGCAACCAACUAAAGAAAGAAGAAAUGUAGGAUGUCUUGAUAACCCAAUUUAACACCAUAACAUUCACCAAUACCAAGACUCAGUUUCUUCCCUGGAUAGGGAAGGCUGGUUGAGUCUUAACCCAAGUGAGCACCACUGUCAUCACAGGGGUUAGUCCUGCUACGCCACUGACCAACAGGAAAAUUUGUGCCUUUGGAGUGGACAAAUCCAUGAAGAGGCCAAACCCUGUCAAAGUCUAAGCAUCUGAUGGCUAAAAUAACUUGGUUUCUUUAAAAAAUAAUACAAAGCUUCUGACUCCCCCCACCAAAAGCCAACCUGAUAUCAAAGAGCCAAGAGGCAUCUCAGAUUCGUCAACAUUCCUUUAAUGAGCUGAGAAACGUUUCAUGGUAAACUCAGCAGCUGAGUAACAGGAUGAUGGCACCACAACAGAUAAUCAAGGCAGGAGGUCAAAGCAUUGGAGCCAACACCCACCCGGGAUGGGGUAUAAAAGGGCCGGGAGGAGAAGAGGCUUCAGACUUAGUGACUUGGCCUUUCCAGCUGAUCUGAAGCUCCUGUGCAACCUCAGCCCAACACCAUGACCUCCUCCUACAGCAGCUCCUCCUGCCUUCUGGGCUGCACCAUGGGUCCUGGAGCAAGAAAUGCCUCCGUCUCUCCCAUCGACAUUGGGUGCCAGCCCGGGGCAGAGGCCAAGGCUGCCUCCAUGUGCCUCUUGGCCAAUGUGGCACAUGCCAACCGAGUCCGUGUGGGGUCGACUCCCCUGGGCCGCCCCAGUCUCUGUCUACCCCCCACCUGCCACACUGCUUGUCCCUUGCCAGGGACCUGCCACAUUCCCGGCAACAUCGGAAUCUGUGGGGCCUAUGGUGAAAACACCCUGAAUGGCCAUGAGAAGGAGACCAUGCAGUUCCUGAAUGACCGCCUGGCCAACUACCUGGAGAAGGUGCGACAGCUGGAGCGGGACAACGCGGAGCUAGAGAGCCAACUCCGUGAGAGGAGCAAGUGCCACGAGUCCACCGUGUGCCCCGACUACCAGUCCUACUUCCGCACCAUCGAGGAGCUCCAGCAGAAGAUCCUGUGCAGCAAGGCUGAGAACGCCAGGCUGAUUGUACAAAUCGACAAUGCCAAGCUGGCUGCCGAUGACUUUAGGAUCAAGCUGGAGAGUGAGCGCUCCCUGCGUCAGCUGGUGGAGGCGGACAUGUGUGGUACGCAGAAGCUCCUGGAUGAUGCGACCCUGGCCAAGGCCGACCUGGAGGCCCAGCAGGAGUCCCUGAAGGAAGAGCAGCUCUCUCUCAAGAGCAACCAUGAGCAGGAAGUAAAGACUCUGAGGAGUCAGCUAGGGGACAAGAUCCGGAUCGAGCUGGACAUUGAGCCCACCAUUGACCUGAGCAGGGUGCUGGGGGAGAUGCGGGCUCAGUACGAGGCCAUGGUGGAGACCAACCGCCAGGACGCGGAGCAGUGGUUCCAAGCCCAGUCUGAAGGCAUCAGCCUGCAGGCCAUGUCCUGCUCUGAGGAGAUUCAGUGCUGCCAGUCGGAGAUCCUGGAGCUGAGAUGCACGGUGAACGCCCUGGAGGUGGAGCGCCAAGCCCAGCACACCUUGAAGGACUGUCUGCAGAACUCCCUGUGUGAAGCCGAGGACCGCUACGGCACGGAGCUGGCCCAGAUGCAGAGCCUCAUUAGCAACGUGGAGGAGCAGCUGUCUGAGAUCCGAGCUGACCUGGAGCGGCAGAACCAGGAGUAUCAGGUGCUGCUGGACGUGAAGGCCCGGCUGGAGAAUGAGAUUGCCACGUACCGGAACCUUCUGGAGAGUGAGGACUGCAAACUCCCCUGUAAUCCGUGCUCCACGCCUCCCUCCUGUGUGGCUGCCGCAUGUGCUCCUUGUCCAAGCUGUGGCCCCAGCACCACCUGUGGAGCUAGCACCGGAAGCCGAUUCUGAAUGCCUGUGGACCCGUGGGGGCUGGCUCAGGCAAGGGAUACCCAGAGAGAGAUGCUUGUUAUACCUUUAGAAAAUCUGGCUUCUAACUUUCUGUAUGUAUAGGCCUGUCCAAAGGCUAUGAGACACCAGGGACAGUGGAAUCUUGAUGUGAAAUCCCUCCUUUCCAGCUCUGGUUUUCCCAGAUGAGUUCUAUGCCCUCAGUGGAUGGAUUCCAACCGCCCAUGGUGGCUCCGAAUAUCUGGAUUGGAGAGAUGUAAGGUUGAAAAAGUGUCUGGAGUGGGAGUACAGCAUCAUUUAAAAUUGCACUUGCACUUCAAGGACACCAACUUUAACUUGAAAAAUCUUUAUAGUUUGUGACAAAGGAAGUGAAGAACAGGCUUCCCUGUCUGAGAUUCGCCAUGUUUCUUGGGUUGUUUUUAACAUUGCCAACCUGGAUUAUGGCAUCAGGGAGCGGGAAAUAGAACCGGAAUUGUACCUGACCCUUUCUUUUCUAAUUCCCUUCUAUCCUUCUGCCUCCCUACCUUGGACGCUGAUUAAGUAGAACAUUUCCUGGUAUCAAAUCCUGAGUUCUCUCUACGUCAGGGUUUCUAGCUUUGACAAAGGACUAGACUUUCCUUUUCUGUGGCAAAACAGCCUCUUACAUAUGGCUUACAUAGCUUCUUGCUAUGUGAAAGGAACUUUCAUAAGAAAUGUCUCUUUUUUUUCUCUAUAAAUUCCGACUCUCAAGACUUGUCUGGCUAUAACCCCUGUCCCUAUCUAAUUCUCCUAGUUUAAAAUACAAACAACAACUUCAUUUUUUUUCCUAGUAUUUCCUCCUGAAGUACUGAAACCUGUUGAUUUAACAGGUGGAGAACUGCUAGGUUUGAUGUGCUUCCACCUCUUCUCUUCCUACUCUCUAUCUUUCUUACCAUGAUUCAGCCACGCUGGCCUUUCUGUUCCUUGGACAUGGCUGGAGACCUGUCCCUGCUCAUCUUCUCUCUGGGGUGCUCUUCCCCCUCACUAUAAAUGUUCAGGUCAGUUGCAAGUUUCCUUCUUCUGAGAGCUCCUGCUUGACUCUCAGUGUAAAGGACUCACAACACCCGACACUGUCCUGCUCAUUUAGCACCUCCAACAGCUGAACUUGCCUCUGUAUCUACUGUUUUCCCAAUCAAAAUGCUUACUCAAGAUUAGCAAUUGUUCACACUGCAUCUCCAGAGCCUCGCCCACUGCUUGGUACAUAAUGGAUGCUUAAUAAAUAUCUGUUGUAAGAACGAA